AUGGCUCCAACUUUAUCAAGGAAAGUUUUAUUUCCGUCUUCUAUAGAGGAACAGAAUGUAAGUACUGCUAUUAAACUUUUUGAUGAAAAGACUUUAGCUGCUCUGCAAAUUGAAUCGCAGAAUAAUAGAACUCGUCUGCUGUAUCUUUUUGAUCUGGCAAUAGUAUCAAAGGGCAGCGCGGUUAGACCUUUAAUGAUGGAUUUAAGUCGAAAAUUACUUAAUAAGAACUUAUGCCAUACACUUUUAAAAUAUCAUAGGUUUAUAAGGGCUCCUUCAUUAGCCUCAUUUUCAACUAGUAACUCAAAAUCAGCGCAGAUUACUGUGAGAGAUGCAUUAAAUGCAGCAAUGGAUGAAGAAAUGGAAAAGGAUGAAAGAGUAUUUUUGUUAGGUGAAGAAGUAGCAAUGUAUGAUGGUGCAUAUAAGGUGAGUCGAGGACUGUGGAAGAAGUAUGGUGAUAAAAGAGUAAUUGAUACUCCUAUUACAGAAGUGAGUGUUAUUUAUUUUUCUUUUAUAUUUUUAAAUUGA